CCUAAACUCCCGAAAGUCCCUACUAAGCAAGCCAUGUCAGGAGCUCAAAAUUACACAGCUACCCAACAUUCGAACCAAGGCAUCGUCGACGGUCGCCCAGCCGGGCGCCAACCAUCUCCUCAGCCAGUCACCCUAAAUACCGUCGUCGACCCCGAUGCCAGUGGCCAAUCCGUCCCGACUCCAGAGCUGCCUGAUGUCACCUCGAAAGAUCUACGCCAUGGUGGCCAGCCGGGGAGGAAGGAGGGUCUGCGCUUGGAAGCUCGGUGGGGACCCGGGGGACAGUAGGGUUCCUCGCACCAAGUUAGUAUCGAUCCCGAGUGGUAUUCCUCAGGUGAAGAAGGGUAACUGAUCCGAAAAUGAAUAUGCCAUUCCGAC